AUGGAUAAUGAGAAAGAGAAAGAAGAUGUAUCCCGCAUAACAGUUCCUAUUACCAAUCCAUCAAUCCAGGACAACAUAUCAAAACCACUUUAUCCAACUUUUUCAAAUUACAUGCCAAGUUACUAUGGUCCAGUGCCUCAUGCGUGGUUACCACCUUUUGUGCCUCCUUCAAACGCCUACCCAUAUCCAUUGAGCAACCAGCAACACCCAUGGAACUCUACUUCCGCUGCCGCGUCAAGUAUUGCUACCUUGAGUAGCCUGGGUGUUGCGUCAAGUAGUGCUGCCUUGAAUAGUUCCGGUGCCGCAUCAAGUACUGCUGCCUUGUAUAGUUCCGCUAUACAAAUGAUGGGACCUCCUCCAACUGCCUACCCAUAUCCAUGGAGCAGCCAGCAACACCCAUGGAUCUCUACUUCCGCUCUCACGUCUAGUUCCUCAAGUAGUGUCAGCUCUAGUGUAGCUGCCAGUUCUAGUGUACAAACCAGCGCUAGUGUUGCUGCUAGCUCUUGUUCGGCUUUACCAGCAUUCGUUCCUCCAACUUCUACCAACCCAUAUCCAUGUGCCAGUGAGCAAAGUAACUCUGUUGAAGAAAUUAGUGAGGCCACAUCAGACUCAAUAGAAGUUGAAGCGCAAUCUACUGCCUCUGUGGGUAAUACAGUUGAUACGAACGAGACUGGCACUGAUGGGGUUGAUAUUACUGAGGAGCCAAAGCCAGGGUUGUGUUUUGAGUCGGAGACUGAGUUGAUGAAUUAUUAUAAACAUUACGGAAGGCAAUGUGGUUUCCUCGGUAAUGACACAAAGGAGUAA